AUGAACUCGCAAGGCUGGCCCAAAGGCAAUCCUUUCCGACGGAGAAACAAACACUCCAGCAAGGUGGUUCCAUCACACGAGGAAAGUUGGCAGCACUCAAUGCCUGCCUUCAUUGACAAGGAAAAUCUCAUACGUGGUGAGUAUCUAAGCUUGUUGCAUGCAAGACCACAACUACUUCUGAGCUCAAUUCGCGAACAAUUCUGGCUGAUUGGAGGCAGAAAUCUAGCUCGCAAGAUAAUACACAAAUGCGUUAAAUGUUUUAGAAGCAAUCCCACGCACUCGAAAACUUUGAUGGGAGAAUUACCUAAGGCACGUGUAUCUCAAACCAUGCCCUUCCAUAACACGGGAGUCGACUAUGCUGGCCCUCUCCUGGUAAAGGAUAGAAAAGGGAGAGGCAGCAAGACAAGCAAGGCAUUCGUGUGUUUGUUCAUUUGUUUCGCAACUAAGGCACUUCACCUGGAAUUAGUAUCCAAUCUGACCUCAGAGACAUUCAUUGCCGCUUUUAGACGCUUUUUAGUUAGACGUGGUACACCUGCACACAUAUACUCCGAUAAUGGAACAAAUUUUAUCGGAGCAAACAGAGAAUUAAAAAAAUUGGCUCGAUCAUUAACGAAUAACGCUGCAUUUAUCGAAAAAACAGCGAAUAAAAUUAGCAUUAAUUGGCAUUUUAUACCCGUCCACUCGCCGCACUUUGGUGGCGUUUGGAAGGCCGAGGUAAAGUCCACAAAACACCACUUAAAGCGAGUAGCUGGCAACGCAAUUUUGACGUAUGAAGAGUUUUACACAUUAUUAGUCCAAAUCGAGGCGGUGUUAAAUUCUUGUCCCUUAACGCCAAUGUCAUCAGAUCCCAACGAUCAUGUUUCUAUCACUCCCGCUCACUUUCUUGUUGGUCGUCCACUUACAUCUCCAGCGGAUCCUACGCUAACGGAAGUACCAGCAUCCAAGUUGUCUAGGUGGCAGCUAAUCCAGAAGCUCCAACAGCAUUUUUGGAAGAGGUAG